UAUAAGUGGAACUAUCCCGGAAGAGCUAGGAAAUUUGACAAACUUGGUGAGCUUGGAUCUUUACUUGAACAAUUUAAGUGGUUCCAUUCCAACGGCAUUGGGCAACCUUCAGCAAUUACAUUUCCUGGAUCUUUCCAUCAACAAACUGACAGGAGAUAUUCCAACCAAUGGUUCUUAUACAGGGAUCUUUCCAACAACAAACUGACAGGAGAUAUUCCAACCAAUGGUUCUUUUCAUUUAUUCACUCCCAUCAGUUUUACAAAUAAUCUACUGAACGAAAUCCCAGUUGUACCACCUCCUCCUAUUACUCCCGCACCAUCAGCACCACCUCCUCCCUUUACUCCCACACCAUCAGCGUCUUCAGGUAAUAGUGCAACUGGAGCCAUUGCUGGAGUAGUUGCUGCUGGUGCUGCUCUGGUUUAUGCUGCUCCAGCAAUCACACUUGCUUGGUGGCGAUGGCGGAAACUGCGGGAUCAUUUCUUUGAUGUGCCUGCUGAAGAGGAUCCAGAAGUUCAUCUGGGACAGCUCAAAAGAUUUUCUCUUCGUGAGCUACAAGUUGCAACAGAUGGUUUUAGCCCAAAAAAAAUUCUAGGUAGAGGUGGAUUUGGUAAGUUUUAUAAAGGACGCUUGGCUGAUGUAUCUCUUGUGGCUGUAAAAAGACUUAGAGAUGAACGUACACAGGGUGGGAAGCUGCAGUUUCAGACAGAGGUAGAAAUGAUCAGCAUGGCUGUGCAUCGUAAUCUACUUCGACUUCGCGGAUUUUGCAUGUCACCUACUGAACGGUUGCUUGUCUACCCUUAUAUGGCUAAUGGAAGUGUAGCAUCGUGUUUGAGAGAGCGUCCCAAGUCUCAGCCACCUCUUGAUUGGCAAAUACGGCAAUGCAUCGCAUUGGGUGCUGCAAAGGGGCUUGCAUAUUUACAUGAUCAUUGUGAUCCUAAGAUUAUUCACCGUGAUGUGAAAGCUGCAAAUAUAUUAUUAGAUGAAGAAUUUGAGGCAGUUGUAGGAGAUUUUCGGUUGGCUAAACUCAUGGAUUAUAAAAAUACUCAUGUGACCACUGCUGUACGUGGCACAAUUGGACAUAUAGCACCAGAAUGCGUCUCAACUGGAAAAUCUUCGGAAAAAACUGAUGUUUUUGGGUAUGGUGUUAUGCUUCUUGAACUCAUCACUGGACAAAGGGCUUUUGAUCUAGCUCAGCUUGCAAAUGAUGAUGAUGUCAUGUUACUUGAUUGGAUGGAAGGACUCUUGAAAGAUCGGAGGGUGGAAACACUGGUUGAUUCUGAUCUACAUGGCAAUUACAUUGACGAUGAGGUAGAGCAGCUAAUCCAACUAGCUCUACUGUGCACGCAAGGGUCCCCAGCGGAACGGCCCAAAAUGUCAGAAGUUGUAAGAAUGCUUGAAGGUGAUGGCUUGGCUGAAAGAUGGGAGAGUGGCAGAAAGAGGAGAUGUUCCGCCAAGACUUUAAUAACCAUAACCACCAUCAAGCUUCUAAUUGGAUCGUGGCUGACUCCAGCUCACAAAUCCCUGCAGAUGAGUUGUCUGGUCCCAGAUAAUUAAUCCCCUUCCUCCAUGAUUCUGUCAUCAUUAUACAUACUCUCCUAGAGGCCUAUUUUGUGUAUAUGAUUUGCUUUCUUUUCCUAUGUGUUUUUCAUUUUAAUUUUUGCUCAUGUCCAGUUUGAAACACUUUUGGGGUCGGUGUUGGAAUUUUUAUAGGGUUUAAGUGAUACCAUGAAAAUUAGGUGCUUACCAAACAUGGCAUGAAAUGGCCAAAAAAGCACCCAUCGAAUGUUAUUUUUGUAGAAAAAUAUUAUGGAAAUAAUAUAUGAAUAUAUGUGGAAUAAAAUUAUAAAUAAUAAUACAGAUAAGUAACAAAAUAAAUUGAGAAUCUGUA